CGACGGCAUGAACCAGUUUGUGAUCUUGGCCUGCCUGGCGGCUAUUGGCGGCGCGCUGGCCGCUCCCCGUCCGGAUGUCUCCCACCUGGGCUACCGCUACCAGGCUGGCGGCUACAACGGCAAUCUGCCCAGCUCUGUGGUGAGCACUCCGCUGGUGAGCAGCUCCUACCAGCCCACGGCCGCUGGCACCAACUACUUCAGCUCGGCGCCCUCGAUUGGACAGCUGAAUGCGGGCGCUGGCAGCUCCGGCUCCUCCUCGUUUGGCUAUCAGGUUGGCAGUGGCAGUGUCGGUGUCGGUUCCGGUUCCGGCAUCGGUUAUGGUGUCGGCUCUGGCAUUGGCUUUGGCGGCUCAUCCUCGAACAGCGACAGCAUUGGACUGCAGGGCCUGCAGCCCGGUCCGGCCAUCAACUACAACGAGCAGGAGUCGUACAUCAGCCACCUGGUGAACUUCCAGCCCGCCCAGGUGAGCAAACACUUCUACGUGCACACCGCGCCCGAGGACCACGACGAGCAGCAGAUCGUGCGCUACGUGAACGUGGGCAGGCCCCAGAAGAACUAUCGCGUGGUGUUCAUCAACGCCCCGACGUCGACCACCAGCAAGGCCAAGAUCAUCGCCAAUGUGGCGCCCGUCGAGGAGAAGACCGCCAUCUACGUGCUGUCCAAGAAGUCGAAUGCCCUGGACGUCAGUGCCGAGGUCGUCACACAGCGGCCGGUGGCCAACAAGCCCGAGGUGUUCUUUGUCAAGUACAAGACGCCCCAGGAGGCGGCGCAUGCCCAGCAGACCAUUCAGGCCAACUAUGACGCUCUGGGCGGCGCUUCUGAGACCAGCAACGAGGGCAUCAUUCCCGUCUCAUCGGUCAUUGGCAGCCUGGGCGACAAUGGCGCCUCCGGCGUUGUCACCGAUGCCACUGGCGGCCUCAACAUUGUCGGCACCGGCGGUGUGCCCACCCUAGAUGCCACCUACAACAACAACAACAACAACAACAACAAUGUGGGCUUCGAUGCCGAGGGCAGUCAGCGCCAGGUGAUCAGCACCUUCAACGGCUCCAAUGCCCAGGCCACAUACUUGCCCGCCAAGCCAGUGCGCAAGUAAAGCAAAUCAUCGAAGGCUUUCAUCCCACACACACGCACACACGCACACAC